UGCUGGACCGGAGUGGCACACACACGUCUCCGUCGCCUGGUGCUGUUGCUAGGCGACGGAGCACCACAGUGGCGCAGCAGCGAGUAGUUGAGUCAGUCCAGUGCGUGAAAGGCGUCAUUCACAUUUGAAUUAAGAGUUUUAUUCCCCCCCCCCCCCCGUGAUAAAUGGAUUUGCACAAGCAAACAAGAUGACUGCUGCUUCAUAUAAGUUUGAUGAUGGACAGAGAAAUCCGACCAAAUGUUCCCCAGCACGAACAUUACUCCGGCGAAGGAAUGACGAAGGCGGUGGACAUGGGCUCGUGGCGCACAGGAGGGCAGAGGAGCAGAGGUACAGUGAGGGAACACGUGACAACGGCAGGGUGGCUCGUACUUCUCACGGUUGUAUAGAUGGAGCCUUCCUGCUGCAGUUACAUUGUGUUGAUAAACCAUCUGAGCUGCGCUCCAUCGACAUCAGUGAACACAAGCUGAAUUCUGUCAAGCCUGAAGACCUCAGUGUGUUUGAAAAUGUAGCUCACAUCGACGCCUCUGUGAACCUCCUGUCUUUAGGGUCUUUCAGCAGUUUUGUGUCUUUGAGAGAACUCAAUCUGGCUGUGAACCACAUUUGCAACAUGACGUUUGAAGCCUCCGACUUCCCUCAUCUGGAGGUUUUGGAUUUGUCCUACAACAGUUUGUCGGCUGACGAUGUAGUGUCCAUCAGUUGGCUUCCACGUUUAAAAGUCCUCCAUCUGACUGGAAAUCAUCUUCAUCGCCUUCCUCUUAAUCUGUGUUCGUCCAACCGUCACCAGACUCAACCGUCAGCUAAAGGAGGGGACUCACAGUUCAGAGCUCUUGAAGUCCUCAUGCUCGAUGAUAACAGACUGACCUCUGGAGUCUUCGGCAGUCUUAGAAACCUCGAAAGGCUAAAGUAUUUAAACCUACAGGGGAACCGCAUUUCUGAAAUACCAUAUUUGCAACCGACGGCGAGUUCAAAGGCUGCACGGGCUUCUGCUGAACAGCAAGCUGAGCAAGAGGGAGCUGCCCGCACUGAGCCGGAUCCUGACGACGAUGGACGUUUCAGGGGAAUCUCACAGGCAGGAAACCUGGAGGAGUGCUGCAGAGGCUCCAGGUCGCCACUACCAGAGCUUCAGCUCCUCGAUUUGUCCGACAACAGAAUUGCAGAGGAAGAAGCGCUGAUGGCUGCGGCUCUUUUCCCCAUGCUUCGUGAAAUUGAUAUUCACUCCAACCCUCUGACCACACAGAGAAGUGGAGACCCUCCCUUACUGACCCACUACCUCCGGGAGAGACUGGGGAUAACGAUAAAGCGAAGAAAGACACAAGAAGCUGGGAAACCGCCGCUGAAGGUGUCCACUGAUCCAAAAUGGAAGGUGGAACAAAGAAUCCCAAAGGUGUCAAAGAAGUCUGUGUUGAUGGAUGAGGAAACCGAGUUGACUGUCAAGAAAACAACAGAAUGUGAGGGAAAGAACCGCAGAGACGACCCCUCCCCAGGAAAUACAGAGCCUUUCUUUUUCACUCAGGCAGCGGACGUUUCCGAAUAUGAGUUUGAUCUUGGAGCCGGUGAAAGAGAGGCCGCAGAGGGCGAGGAUGGAACCGUUCCUGAAAAAUGUGACUAUUGCAAAAUGUUGAUGGACGCAAAACCAAAUCCCGGUGUGGCGGAGCCCUUCGGAAUUCAAACAGCUGUUCGGAUGCUGGAACACACACUGAAGACUCUUCAUGUUUACAGAGACUCAAACCCAAACUAUGAUAGCAUCCAGAUGCCGUACAGAGAACAGGAGAAAAGGAUUAAGGAACUUCCACCUUUGAAACGGACGGAGCAGCCAGCUGAACGGGUUCACCAAAUGCUCAAGGAAAUCAAACAGAGUACAGCGAUGAGAGAAGUCGCCUUGAGCGGCGCCAUUCACAGCGCAGGUGUCGACAAGCGAGAACAUCAGGAGGUCUUAUCGCUGCUGGGGGAUAUGAAGACAAAGUACAAGAUGUUGCACAGGAGAGCCAUAGAACAAGCAGCCGGCGUCGGAUCUGAUAGAAACACUGACAUAAAUUGAGCUCAACCUCCAUCUGUGCAAAUGCUCCAAAUCACAUUUAAAUGCUCAGCUAAACUUUUCUUCCUUCUCUGAAAAAAACCCACCCUGUCGAUAUUGGCGUACACCUGGUGCAAGUGAAAUCACAAUGUGUACAUCUGAAUAAUACUGUGACAAGCACUGAUGCUACGCUAUAUGACCAGAUUCAGUCCCGCGUGCAGACACAGAGUGCAUCAUCAACUGUUUACUGACAGGGUUCAGCUGUAAGAGUUGACUCUGAGUCGAAUCUGUGAGACUUAUUUCAAUUUAAAGUCUCUAGCUAGAGCCUGCAGUAAAAUACUGCAUGGCCUCUAUAUGGUGGAUCAGAAGAGUUUUGUUGAGCAGGCUGUUGUUUAACCAUUGGACUGAAGCUGAGGAUGUGAUUCGAUAUUGUUAUAUAAAAUGUUUGAAACGGAGAACAUUCAUACUGCAAGGUUUGAUAGAUCAUUAAUCUGCAAUCCCAUAUCUCCUGUCUUCUGGUUUGUUACGUUGAGUGUAUUUGCCUUCAUAGGUUUUUCAGAUAUUACAUGAUCAUAUGAAUUCACUGUUCUCCUCAUGUGAAGCUGGCUGUGAUCACUUCAUUUCCAUCCGACAGGAACAGGAGUGAUCAGUCGAACUGUUGUUGGUAAUUUUGAACAGACCUCGGCAGUUUGAUGGGAUUUACAGCCCACAUCCUUAAACGCAUUCAUCAUCACGUCUUAUUACACCAGAAGUCAGUAUGUUAUAUGUGACCUCCCUACAUGCUUACACCAGAAGAUUUUUUUAAGAAUUCCUUGUCAUGCUUAUUUAUUUUUUUCCGUUGUUCAUUCCCUUUUGGGUUUCACGGCCCUGUCCUUCAUAUGAUUCCAAUUAUUAUUCUUCAGAGCAGCUCGCAGAUGUGGAAUUCCAGUUCAACCCAGGUGAAAUAAAUCAAUAGGUUCUGUGAAGAUAUGUCAUGCAGGGAUUCUACAUUAUUACAUCUGUGGAUACUUUCCCGACUCCGUAUGUAUCAAAUGGUAAAUAAAAUAUAAAUUCUGUGUAAGAUA